AUGCCCACUGAUGAUGCAACUCUUGCUAAGGAGAACACAUAUGGACCAGAGAAAGCAAUUGAUGUAGAGCCUCAAGUCCCGGAAGUUGAUAAUGCUGAUGAUGUUGGCGCAAAUAAGGGGAAGGAGAAGAUUUCUGAUUCUCUCCCUAUUGUUCCUAAGUUUCCUUUCCCUCACCGGAUGCAGAAAACUAAGGUCGAUCAACAACUUGAGAUGAUCACUAAGAAAAGGGAUUAUGGUGGUGUGGAGAGAGUCGCUCUAACUGAAGAGUGCAGUGCCAUAUUGCAAAAUAAGUCUCCACCCAAACUUAAGGAUCCGGGUAGUUCUUCCAUUCCCUGUCAUGUAGGUGCAUUGUUCAUUGAUAAGGCAUUAUGUGAUUUAGGUGCAAAUCCUUCUAUAAACUAUCCUUUAGGUAUUUUGGAGGAUGCUCAUGUCCGGGUGGGGAAAUUCUACAUUCCUGUUGAUUUUGUGGUGCUAGAUAUGGAGGAGGAUAGUCAAAUCCCCAUAAUUUUGGUUAGGCCAUUUUUAUGUACUGCGGGUGAUGUUAUUGAUGUCAAGUCUGGAUCUCUUACUUUGAGUGUUGGUGAUGAUACUGUUAUUUUUAAUCUAACCAAUGCUUUGAAGUCUCCUAUGCUCGAGAAUACUUGUUGCAGGAUUGAUAUUGUAGAAGAGAUUUCUCUAGACAACAUCCCUAGAAUGUUGUAUGAUGAUCCAUUGAUGGCGACUCUCACCUUGGAGGCUCAAAAAGGAGAAGGAGAUAAUGAGAUUGAUUCCUUGAUCUCGUAUUUAGAUGGAAUUGAAGCUGAGAAGGUCAAUGGUUUUGAGGAUUUUCCUGUGAUCGUUAAUGCUACACUCGACGAUAGCCAGCUUUCUAAGCUUCUGACUGUGCUCCGUAUGCACAAAAAGGCAAUCGGGUAUAGCAUUGACGAUUUCAAGGGCAUUAGUCCUGACUUUUGUAUGCAUAGAAUUAAUUUGGAAGCAGAUCACCGCCCUCGCAUCCACCCACAACGUCGUUUGAAUCUUAAUAUGCAAGAUGUGAUCCCCAUUGACGCAAACAACCAGGAGAAGACGGCGUUCACUUGUCCUUAUGGAACUUUUGCAUAUCGCAGAAUGCCGUUUGGUUUGUGCAACGCCCCUGCUACAUUUCAAAGUGAAUUUGGUAUUAAAUUGGGAAAAGUACCACUUUUGGUCAAUGAAGGAGUGGUACUUGGUCAUCUUAUUUUUGAGCGUGGCAUCCAAGUUGACCGAGCAAAAGUUGAGGUGAUUGAGAAACUUCCCCCUCCCGUGAAUAUCAAGGGAGUGAGGAGUUUUCUCGGUCAUGCAAGAUUCUAUCGCCGUAUUAUAAAAGAUUUUUCUAAAAUUGCGAAACCCCUCACUCAAUUAUUGCUCAAGGAUGCCACGUUUGAGUUCAUUGAUGCUUGUUUGGAGUAUUUUGACAGGCUCAAGAAAGCAUUAAUAACUGCUCCAAUCAUUCAGCCUCCAGAUUGGGAUUUGCCAUUCGAAAUUAUGUGCGAUGCUAGUGAUUAUGCUUUUGGAGCAGUGCUUGGCCAGAGAAAGAACAAGGUGUUUUAUGCCAUCUAUUAUGCAAGCAAAACCGUGGAUGGAGCUUAG